UGAAAUCAUAACUUCGAAUAUGUGAAUAUGGAUGCUGAUGAGCCGCAGUCUAUGCUGUGGGGUCUGGACCCCGUCUUCUCCGCAUACUCGAGACUCUACAUCACUGACAUCCUACUGAUGAAAGAGUCCAGACAAGUACCUGGUGCUUAUUUCUACAAGACUCACCCAAUCUUCAAGGUGGAUGUACUGGGGACGGUUGUUUACAAGCGGGAGAGAGAAGAUUUCUACUGCUAUGGGGUGGAUGAUAGUACUGGUGUCAUAAACUGUCUUUGUUGGAAAGAUGAGAAAUGUAGUGAUCAAGGAGGAUCAACUAAAUCUAGAGAUCCUAGCGGAUCCUCCAGAGGAUUUAACAUUGAAGAUGAACUCAAACGGCUGACGGAGGCUGAACAGAAGAGCACUGUGCUGGAGAUCGGAGACCUGCUGAGGGUACGAGGAACCGUCAAAACCUCCAGGGAUGCGAGGGAGAUCAGCGCCACCUCCUUCUAUAAAGUAAAUGACCCUGUGAUGGCGGUGCAUAUAUCGCGUAUGCUGGAAAUGCCUCAGCUGUACAGAAAGUGCUAUGAUCAGCCGUUCCAGAAGACAGGAGAUGACCUGGGCGGCACAGAAGCAGGUGGUUCCUCACGUUUCCACUAUUUGCUGUCUCGGUCCGUUCUCAUCCUUAAGGAGUUCUUCUUAGAGAAAGAGGUUGCCAGGUUUCGUCCAUACGAUGUUGAGUUCCUUUUACAUCAGUUGAUCCAGAGUUCUUCAGCAGAACAGGAGUCAGAUCAGCCCGGGACGUCAUUUGCCACACAAAUUCGAAACCUUCUGAAAGAGACUCUGAGCGUUCUCCAGGAUGAGGGACAAAUAUUCCGGAAAAUACGGACACAGGAUGAAGUCUACAAUGUAACAGAGCAAGACAAAGAUCUUCACACAGCGAUCAAGGAUGUUUUACGAGAGGAUACCAAACGGGAAAAAUAUGCUGAGAAAGGAUGCCAUGUCCUGCAUAUUUUGUCCAGCGUGAGUACAGCCAAAAUCUGAGUAGAGAGAUGCUGGAGGUUGCCCUGACAUUUUUAGAAUGCAAUAGUGACAUAAUAAGCACAACAGAAGCAC